AUGUCUUCCAACUUUUCUUUGAAAGUCGAAUUGUCGAAGAAAACUUCGGUUUGGGGUUUAAGGCUAUGGGUUUUGAUCGGAAUUGGUGUUGGUGCAUUUAUAGUUCUAAUUCUCUGUAUAUUAUCUUCAUGGAUACUGUUUCGAAGAAAAACAAGGAGAUCUGUAGACGUAGACAAGUACUUGUUAUCGCAAAUACCUCACGACUCAAAGGAUAUCAAAGUUGACAAGGUUGGAGUGAAUCCGUCUCAUGAUCAGGUUGAGAGUCUGUCUGUUCAUGUUCGCGAUAAUGCGACAAACAAUAAGAAUUCAGAUUCAGAUAAGUUGUUUGUUCAUUUAAGCAAAUCGAGCGAGCCUGAUAAUGUUAGUCGGUGUAGCUCGGUUUAUCAUCACGAUAGAGGGUUGAGUUUGAUGUCGAUAGAAGAUGGAAACUUUGGAACUGUUAAGAAGCAGUAUAUGGUAACUGCGUCUCCUCUGGCUGGCUUGCCUGAGGUUUCUCAUCUUGGGUGGGGCCAUUGGUUCACGCUAAGAGAUCUCGAGCUUUCGACUAACCGUUUUGCCGCGGAGAAUGUGAUUGGUGAGGGCGGAUACGGAGUUGUUUACAAGGGAAGAUUGAUCAAUGGGUCUGAGGUGGCAGUGAAGAGACUUUUUAACAACUUGGGACAAGCAGAGAAAGAAUUCAGAGUUGAAGUCGAUGCUAUAGGCCAUGUCAGACAUAAAAACCUUGUGCGCUUACUUGGAUUUUGCAUAGAAGGAGUACACAGGUUGCUUGUGUAUGAGUAUGUAAACAAUGGUAACUUAGAACAAUGGUUACACGGGGCAAUGAGCCAACAUGGGGUACUCACAUGGGAAGCUCGCAUGAAAGUUAUUCUCGGCACUGCCAAAGCGCUUGCUUACUUACACGAAGCAAUAGAACCAAAAGUUGUUCACCGGGAUAUAAAGUCUAGCAACAUUUUGAUCGAUAGCGAGUUCAAUGGAAAGGUUUCUGAUUUUGGUUUAGCCAAACUUUUAGAUUCAGGAGAAAGUCACAUAACGACCAGAGUAAUGGGAACAUUUGGUUAUGUUGCACCAGAAUAUGCGAACUCCGGCUUGUUAAAUGAGAAAAGCGACAUUUACAGCUUUGGUGUUCUCCUACUCGAAGCAAUUACCGGAAGAGACCCUGUAGACUAUACACGUCCUACCAACGAGGUGAAUCUUGUUGAGUGGCUCAAGAUGAUGGUGGGGACAAGGAGAGCCGAGGAAGUUGUGGACUCGAGCAUUGAAGUGAAACCGCCGACACGUGCUUUAAAGCGUGCUCUUCUUGUUGCAUUUAGGUGCGUUGAUCCUGAGGCUGAGAAGAGACCUAAAAUGAGUCAGGUUGUGAGGAUGAUUGAAGCCGAAGAAUAUCCGUUCAGAGAGGAUCGAAGAAAUAGAAAGAGUCGCGGCGUCAGCAUGGAUAUUGAAUCUAUAAAGGAUAACUCUGGUCCUUCUUAUACUGAUAAGAUGAAAGGUUCAGAAGAAUGCACCUUUGAGACACCUCAAAGGUAG